UGUGUGUGACUUAAAGUUGGUUUUAGGUUUCAGUUGAACAGUCAGAAACGCACAGGAGACGUCUGGUUCAACACUCAACAGUUUACAGCAGUUACAGCGGUACUACCUCAGUGAGUACAGCAGUAAUACUACAGAGAGUACAGCAGUAAUACCUCAGUGAGUACAGCAGUAAUACUACAGAGAGUACAGCAGUAAUACCUCAGUGAGUACAGCAGUAAUACUACAGAGAGUACAGCAGUAAUACCUCAGUGAGUACAGCAGUAAUACUACAGAGAGUACAGCAGUAAUACCUCAGUGGGUACAGCAGUAAUACUACAGAGAGUACAGCAGUAAUACCUCAGUGGGUACAGCAGUAAUACCUCAGUGGGUACAGCAGUAAUACUACAGUACUCAGACCUUGUUGGUCCCUGAUGGCUAAAUGGGGCGAAGGAGAUCCUCGAUGGAUCGUUGAAGAGAGAGCUGACGCCACCAAUGUCAACAACUGGCACUGGACAGAGCGUGAUGUCAGCAGCUGGUCAUCAGAGCGUCUCCGUCAGCUGCUGCUGGGGGUCCGGGUGGAGGGACCAGAGGGCGUCUGUCAGCUGACUGACGUCUCCAAACUGGAUGGAGAAGCUUCCAUCAACAACCGCAAAGGAAAACUAAUCUUCUUCUACGAGUGGCAGCUGAGAGCCAACUGGUUGGGGACAUCCAACAGCGGAGUGAAGUACAGAGGAACUGUUGACGUGUUCAACCUGUCAGACGAGAACGACACCGACGACCUCGAUAUCUCAGUUUCUCUUUGUAAAGACCAACCCAACACUUCGCUCCUGGACCUCAUGAAGAAAAGUGGCAUUCAGGAGGUCCAAAGGGUUCUGAGCGACUACGUCCAGCAGCUCAAAUCAGAGUUCAGUCAGGGGAUGAUCCUCCCCACCGCCAAUGGACCAAAGCUGCCACAAAUGGAGACCAAGAAGACCCAAAUCCAGACCAGUAAAACUCAGAUAAGCAGCAUCCCCAGGUGUUCAUCUACCCCCGACCCCUGUACCACAGGUGUCAGAAUCUCAACCUGCGGCUUUAAUCUGAAGGAAACCUUCCAAGCAUCGCCUGACGAGCUCUACAGGACCUUCAUCAACCAGGAGUUUGUGCAGGUGUUCACACGCUCGGUGGCGGUGGUGGACGGCCGUCAUGGAGGACGGUUCCAGCUGUUGGAUGGGAACGUCACUGGAGAGUUCACACAGCUGGUACCGGACCAGAGGAUCGAGAUGAGGUGGCGGUUCAGGACGUGGCCCAGUGAGCACUACGCAACCGUCAGUCUGGAGCUGGUGGACCGAGGAGACGAAACAGAACUAAAGAUGGAGUGUCGAGGAGUCCCUGCAGGGGAGGAGGAGUCCACCAGGGAGGGCUGGACCCGGUUCUAUUUUCAGGCCAUCAAACAGACCUUUGGAUACUGACAGAAUGUGAAGUCCCUGGGGCUCGUCCAGCCACAGUCAAGAAGAAAAAUGAUGAACUUAAGCUUGUCGUCAGAGUUUCACCAACUUUCAGACAACAUCGCAGUUUGAUUCUUUCAGAGGUUCUUUAUUCUCUGAGGGAAUGUUUUCACUUUCCUUAUUUUAUCUCAGCAAGAACAAAGAAGCAAAGUCCACUAUAAAAUACACACAUUCAUGUACAACACAGACAUGAGAAAAACAUUAAGAAUACUAAAACAUUAAAACACCU